UCACCACCUCCCGCCAUGCACUGCCUCGCCCCGCACUUCCUCCUCCUCCUCCCGCUCCCCACCGCCUCCCGCCACGCGCUCCCCCAGGCCCCGCCGCCGCCCUCUCUCCUCCCGCCGUCGCGCCCAGCCCAGUCCCGCCCCGCCCCGCUCCACCUCCCCUCCGCGCGCUCCCCGUCCCGCGCCGCCGCGCCGGUGUCAGACGACGACGACGACGAGGAGGAAGCCGACGAGGAGGACGACGACGAGUUGGAAAUCCACGACGUAGACGCGGAGUACGACGAGGACGAGGAUGAGGAAGGAGAGGAUGGCGGUGAGGAGCUGGAAGAGGAGAGUGGCGGCGAGUACGACGGGGAGGGGGGCGCGGCCGAGGAUUCCCGAGAGGAAACCGCGGCGCGGAGGCAGCGCUCCGAGGAUUACAAGUCGCAGCAGGUGGCCAAGCUCGUCGCCGAGGUGCGGGAGUUCGGCGAGGAUAUGAUCGACUACAACGAGCUCGCCGGGAUCUACGACUUCCCCAUCGACAAGUUUCAGCGCCUGGCUAUACAAGCAUUUCUAAGAGGCUCGUCCGUCGUAGUUUCUGCACCUACAAGUAGCGGAAAGACACUAAUUGCAGAAGCUGCAGCUGUUGCAACAGUGGCCAGAGGAAGGCGUCUCUUCUACACAACACCGUUGAAGGCCUUGUCAAAUCAGAAGUUCCGCGAUUUCCGGAAUACCUUUGGUGAUCAUAAUGUAGGUCUUCUUACAGGAGAUUCUGCUAUCAAUAAAGAUGCUCAGAUCCUAAUAAUGACGACAGAGAUUCUGCGUAAUAUGCUGUACCAAAGUGUUGGUAUGUCAGCAUCCGAAGGUAGAUUAUUUGAAGUUGAUGUCAUUGUUUUGGAUGAAGUCCAUUACUUAAGUGAUAUCUCACGCGGUACUGUUUGGGAAGAAACGGUGAUAUAUUGUCCAAAGGAAGUCCAGCUUAUAUGCUUGUCUGCCACCGUCGCAAAUCCUGAUGAAUUAGCUGGCUGGAUAGGUCAGAUCCAUGGAAAAACAGAGCUGGUGACAUCGAACAAACGUCCUGUUCCACUAACUUGGCACUUCUCGAAGAAAUUUGCACUUCUACCCCUUCUCGAUGAAAAGGGAAAGAAAAUGAAUAGGAAAUUGCGAAUGUCUCAUGUCCAGAACAUAUCUUCUCCCAAAAGUGAAUACUACUACGUGAAAGGAAAGAGGAAACUUAGAACAAAUAAAAAUGAGCAAGGUAGCAGAAGCCCGUUGGACAUAUCAAAACAAGUUCAAUUGUCCAAGCACGAGGUCACCAAUAUGCGGCGUUCCCAGGUUCCACUAAUACGUGACACUUUGUCACAGCUUUGGGAAAGCGACAUGCUUCCAGCAAUCUGGUUUAUCUUUAGUAGAAGAGGAUGUGACGCAGCCGUUGAAUAUCUCGAGGAUUGUAGACUUUUGCAUGAUUGUGAGGCUAGUGAAGUUGAACUGGAACUUAGGAGGUUCAGGAUGCAAUAUCCUGAUGCUAUCCGGGAAAAUGCUGUGAAAGGACUCUUGCGAGGUGUUGCUGCCCAUCAUGCUGGUUGCUUGCCACUGUGGAAGUCCUUUAUUGAAGAGCUAUUUCAGCGUGGCCUUGUUAAAGUAGUCUUUGCGACAGAAACCCUUGCUGCUGGGAUCAAUAUGCCUGCUAGAACAGCCGUGAUAUCUUCUCUCAGCAAAAGAAUUGAUGCCGGGCGCCAGCUCUUAACCCCAAAUAACUUAUUCCAGAUGGCAGGUCGUGCUGGAAGGAGAGGGAUCGACACAGUUGGGCAUUCUGUUCUUGUUCAGUCUACUUAUGAAGGGCCUGAAGAAUGUUGUGACGUUAUCUUUGCUGGACUUGAGCCACUUGUUUCACAAUUUACCGCAUCAUACGGGAUGGUUUUGAAUCUCCUUGCGGGCUCUAAAGUUACUCAUAACAAUAAAGGACUGGGUGAUGUCAAGGCUAAACGUUCUGGAAGAACAUUAGAAGAAGCUCGGAAGUUAGUGGAGCAAAGCUUUGGGAAUUAUGUAGGGAGCAAUGUGAUGGUUGCUGCUAAAGAAGAGCUUGAGAGAAUACAGAAAGAAAUACAAUAUCUCUCUUCUGAAGUUACGGAUGAAUUCAUUGACCGGAAAUGCAGGGAGGAAUUAUCAGAGGAACACUAUACGGAGAUCUCUUUUUUACAAAAUAAAUUAAAGGAAGAGAAGAAGAUAAGAAAUGAACUGAAAAAGAGGAUGGAAGUAGAGAGAAUGGCUGCAUGGAAAACUCGGCUACAGGAGUUUGAAAGUGGCUACCUUCCUUUCAUUUGCUUGCAGUAUAAAGAUAAAGAUUCAGUUCACCACACAAUUCCUGCUGUUUUUAUUGGAAGCCUCAGCUCCUUUGAUGAUCAAAAGAUUGUGAGCAUGCUAGAAGAUGAUUCUACUGGCGCAGACAAGCAGGAAGUUGAUAGUGAGGAACAGCUUCAUUACCCAUCCUACUACGUUGCUUUGAGUUCGGAUAAUGCAUGGUAUCUGUUCACAGAAAAAUGGAUAAAAGCUGUUUACCAGACAGGUUUACCCGCUGUUCCUUCAGUGGAGGGUGGGCCACUCCCCAGAGAAACCCUGAAGCAGCUCCUUUUGCGUGAAGAUAUGAUUUGGGAUAAAAUUGCAAAAUCUGAACAUGGUUCUUUGUUAUGCAUGGAUGGAUCCCUAGACACAUGGUCAUGGAGUCUUAAUGUUCCUGUGCUUAAUAGCCUCUCAGAAGAUGAUGAGGUAGAACGAUUCUCCCAGGAACAUCAAACCGCUGUAGAAUCUCACAAGAAACAGAGGAGGAAGGUUUCACAAUUGAAGAAAACAAUCAGGAGUACUAAGGGUUUUAGAGAAUUUCAAAAGAUCAUUGACAUGAGAAACUUUACAAAAGAAAAGAUUGAGCGUUUGGAAGCCAGAUCCCGUCGUUUAACUAGACGCAUAAUGCAAAUUGAACCAACCGGUUGGAAAGAAUUUUUGCAGAUUAGUAAAGUCAUACAAGAAGCAAGAGUGUUAGAUAUCAAUACCCAGGUAAUCUAUCCUUUGGGUGAGACGGCAGCAGCCAUACGAGGGGAAAACGAACUCUGGCUUGCUAUGGUUCUUAGGAACAAGGUCCUUUUGGAUCUGAAGCCAUCUCAACUGGCAGCAGUUUGUGGAAGCUUAGUGUCAGAAGGGAUCAAGCUUCGUCCAUGGAAAAAUAGCAGUUAUGUGUAUGAACCGUCUUCAGUUGUUAUCGGGGUUAUAAAUUACUUAGAAGAGCAGAGAAAUUCACUCCUCGAUCUCCAAGAGAAACAUGGUGUAAAGAUACCCUGCGACAUUGAUACCCAGUUUGCUGGAAUGGUUGAAGCCUGGGCGUCAGGGUUGACUUGGAGGGAGAUAAUGAUGGACUCUGCAAUGGAUGAUGGAGAUUUAGCCCGUUUGCUCAGACGAACAAUGGAUUUACUAGCUCAGAUUCCAAAAUUGCCAGACAUAGAUCCUGCUCUCCAAAAGAACGCACAGAUUGCUUGCAGCGUCAUGGAUCGAGUACCACUAAGUGAGCUUGCUGGCUGAAAGCCUGAAAGCUGUCAGUACCACAUUGGUCAUUUGUUGUAGGUAGGCAAUUCUUUGUUGUACCACGGUCAGAUGGUUAGCAAUUAGUUGAAGCCUAAUUUUGUAAGGGAUUGUUGAUAUUUUGUACAUCAAGUUCCAUUUCUGAACAGAAUUGUACCUAUUGUUGUCGAUAUGGAUCACAUAUAAAGAAAUGAAGAAAGGAACAAAUGCCAACAAUUCAUUA